UUUACCAACUUAAAACCCUAAUAAUCAAAAAUCACCCGCCAUUUGUCCCAUAGCCCCUUUCAGACAAAGUACUGCCCUCCCAGCGAGCCGCGACCAACCCAUUGCCGCCCUUCGCCCUGAACUUCCGUCCUUCAGGCACCGGUGAACCCCCUUUCUCCGGCACAUCAUCCACGAGUUCGCGCCUCCGGCGACGCCCCUUCCCCGCGUAUUCAAACCCCCAGAAGCAAUUUUAAUUUCUCAAUGUCAUUCAUAGUGAAAGUCCCAACAAACUCGGUCAGAAUAUUCUCUGGAACCAACAGAUGGAUGAACAUGCCAAAUAGGAGUCGAACUUCCUCAUCAGCCAUGAUACCGCAUUGUUCAAUUUCUGCACCAGCUAUCCAGACUCUUCGCAAGUCUGUCUCCAACAUCCCUAUUAUGGUAAAUGGUUGUACUGGAAAAAUGGGGAAGGCCGUCAUUCAAGCAGCAGAUUCUGCUGGACUUAAUAUUGUGCCCGUGUCAUUUGGCUCUGAAGAAGAGUCUGGGACAACCGUGGAAGUGUGCGGAAAACAAAUUACAGUGCGGGGCCCUUCUGAAAGAGAGAGGGCUCUUUUGUCUCUUUUCGAAGAAAAUCCAAAUUUGAUUGUGGUGGAUUACACUGUGCCUGCUGCAGUCAAUGAUAAUGCGGAGCUAUAUUGUAGAGUUGGGGUGCCGUUUGUGAUGGGAACCACUGGUGGCGACAGGGACUUGUUGUAUAAGACUGUUGAAGACUCCGAGGUCUAUGCAGUUAUAUCUCCACAAAUGGGAAAACAGGUUGUUGCGUUUCUUGCAGCUAUGGAGAUUAUGGCCGAGCAAUUUCCUGGUGCUUUUGCUGGGUAUUCGCUUCAGGUGAUGGAGUCCCAUCAAGCAAGCAAAGUAGACACAUCAGGAACUGCCAAAGCUGUCAUUUCAUGCUUUCAGAAAUUGGGGGUUUCCUUUGACAUGGAUCAGAUUCAAAUGAUCCGGGAUCCAAAGCAACAAAUAGAGAUGGUGGGAGUUCCAGAGGAGCAUAUAUCUGGUCAUGCAUUUCAUCUCUACCAUCUGACUUCACCUGAUGAAACAGUUUCUUUCGAGUUUCAGCAUAACGUUUGUGGUAGAUCAAUAUAUGCCGAGGGGACCGUUGAUGCAGUGCUUUUUCUUGCCAAGAAGGUUCAAUCAAGAGAUGAUAAGAGGUUGUACAAUAUGAUUGAUGUUUUGCGAGAGGGUAACAUGCGAUGAAACUCGGUUUAGCGCUGUAUAAUCAUAAUAUUCAGUCGUUUAUGGAUUUUGGUUAUUUGAGAAUUAAGAAUUAAGAGUCCCAACUUUUUAAUCAACUUACUGUUGUUGUUAAGUGGUUGUGAAAUUGUCGUUUGAAAUGCUUUCACAAAGUCAACAUAUACCAUAUUACCAAUAAGAUGUAAACUCACCCGGGAUAGAAGGCGCCUUAAACUAAUUGUGAGUAGGAUUUCUACGGUGAUCAUACACGUGUUGUAUCGUCGUUGAUGUGUGAUUUAUAGAUUUAAAAUUAUUUUCGAUU